GGAUAGGGAAAGGCGUCUUGUGUCUGUGUUGUGCACGCUGGAGGGAGCACAACCGGUUGCUGUGUGUCAUCGCUGGGAUUCUGCGUCGCUGGAUCGGUGGAUGAUGCUGUCAUCUCACACUACAGCUGGCUGAGGUAGAAGAUAGGUGAAAGUGUUGAGAGGUGUCCUCCACGUCUUCGUUCAGCUCCCGGCUACACCUUAGUUGGUUCCCCCAAGGAGGUGCUCUGUGCUUUGUUCUGUGUGAGCUGUUCGGGGUACACUUCAGGAUAGUACACCUCGGGAUAUACUGUAUUAUAUUUUUCUGUCUUGACAGAGUUCCCUAUUAGCGGUAUUCUCUCGAGUGUGAGGUUCUAGUGGGUAUCAGCUGUUGACGUGUACACACUCAUCUAGACAAGCGACGGCAUUUGCUGUUGCUGUCAUCAUUUAAAAAAAUAAUAUUAGCAUUUUUGUUUCGAAAGCUUGAUCUCAAAAUGGUGCAAAAUUCUAGUGUGUAUCCAGUUCAUGAGAACAUGACGUCACUAGACCUGGCUUUCGUCAUGAUCAGCAAUGUGACGUCAUUCCUUAGUGUGUCCGGAAGCCUGGCCAUCAUCUCCUGCUAUGUGACGAUGAAAGAGAUUCGAACCACCAGCCGCCUGUUACUUGUGUUCCUCAGUGUAGCGAAUAUCAUACAGGGUCUGGCGACGCUCUUACAGACGGGGACCUACUAUCGAUCUGUGCAGUUCCCGCCAGAGUCCAGCUUCCUGUGCCAGAGCGCGGCCGGCCUGAUGGUCUUGGGCCACGUGUGCUGUGCCCUGUGGACAGUGGCCGUGACCUUCUACCUGUUUCUGUGUGUGGCUGGACACUGCAUCACCGUGGCCAACAGGAUACUGUUCUUGCUGCACGCCUUCUGCUGGAUCAUGCCACGUAGGUCUUUGAGCUCACUCCUUGCUAUGGGAGACAACCUUCAGGGUCUGGUGAACGCUGUGUUUUUCUGCCUGGCCACGCGACAGAUCCGGCGUCUGAUGUACAACAAACUGACCAGGUGUUGCACCUGGGCCCGCGCGAACAGGAUCAUCGGCCAUGACCACUGGGUGCGGGUACCCUCCAUCGUCAGAGCGGUCACUCACAGGCGGCCACGCAAGCACAAGGACAUGGACGGCAGUGACCUUGACAUUUCGGGCAUUUCGCUCGACCUUCCAUCUCCUGAUGGAGAUCUUGGCACAGGGGAAGAUGACGUUAUCUUCGAGAGGUAG